UUCGCGAGUUUAAAAUUUUUCAUUUGUCUUAAUAGUUUUCAAGUGAAUAUAUAUCAAAAUAAAAUAAUGAAAAAAAGAGUGGUAAUAACCGGUAUGGGUGUCGUUUGUCCUGCUGGUGCCGAUAAAUUAACUUCUUGGAAAAAUGUGUUAUUGGGCAAAUCGUUUGUUAGAAAACUAGACUAUGACCUUUACAAAAAUAUUCCUACCAAAAUCGCUGCAAUUCUGGAUGAACUGGAUCUACCCGAAUUGGUGCCCAAGAGCAAAAUACGCACAAUGGCCCCUUCAACUCGUCUAGCUUUGAUUGCUGCCCAAGAAGCGGUUGACGAUUCUAAAAUAUUUUCAUGUAAAGUUGAUAAAGAAAAUAUUGGAGUCAGUGUAGGAAUAGGAAUGGUAGAUUUAGAAGAUGUGUGUCAAACAGCCGAAUCACUGGCAACUAGUUACAGUAAAGUCAGCCCAUACUUUGUUCCUCGAAUUCUACUCAACAUGGCAGCUGGACAGAUAAGUAUGGCGUAUGGUUUACAAGGGCCUAAUCAUGCUGUUUCUACUGCUUGUGCUACUGGAGCACAUGCUAUCGGAGAUGGUUUUCGUUUUAUUCAGUACGAACAAGCAAAAGCAAUGAUCUGUGGUGCUGCUGAAUCAUGUAUUAGUCCUUUAACAAUCGCUUCUUUUUGUAGACUACGUGCACUAUCUACCCAAAAUGAAACACCAGAAUUGGCAUCAAGACCAUUCGAUAUGAAUCGAGAUGGUUUUGUAAUGGGUGAAGGAUCUGCUAUAGUAGUUCUAGAAGAAUUAGAACAUGCACUCAAUAGAAAAGCUCAUAUUUAUGGAGAAAUUCUCGGUUAUGGCUUAUCUGGUGAUGCUGCACAUUUAACAUCACCAUCAGAAAAUGGUCAAGGAGCUUUUCUAGCUAUGACUAGAGCUAUACUAGAUGCAAAUGUAGAUAAAACACAAAUUACGUAUGUAAAUGCACAUGCUACCUCGACUCCAAUAGGAGAUGCUAUUGAGUUAACAGCAAUCAAAAGAGUUUUUGAUGAACAUAGCAUUAAUGUACAUGUUUCAUCAACAAAAGGUACUCAUGGUCAUUUAUUAGGGUCUGCAGGAAAUUUAGAAAGUAUUUUCACAAUUCUUGCUUGUUAUGAAGGAUUAAUUCCACCAACAGCAAAUCUAGAUAAUAUUUGUAAUGAAUCUAAAGGUUUAAUUUGUGUUACCAAAAAACCAAUGGAAUGGAAACAAGAAAAAAGAAUAGCAAUAAAAAAUGCAUUUGGUUUUGGAGGUACAAAUGCAUGUCUUUGUUUCUCCAACUUUAUUUCUUAAUGAUUUUUAACUAAA